AUGGACAUGCUUGCUCGUGUUGUGACACAGAGUGCUGAGCAGACCCGCCAGAUGCAUGAGACGCUGGACCUGCUUGCGCGGCGAAAUGUGAAUGAGAAUGGGAUGUGGGCUAAGCUGAUAAGCAAACCCGAGCAGUUCAAACCAAAGAAUAGGGAGGAGGAAUUGGUGCAGUUUCCGGAUUGGGCCUGGAGCUUUAAACAAUAUCUUCGGGUGGUGAGUCCUUCCGCAUGCACCUUGCUAGAUGAGAUUGAAGCGAAUCCGAAUGACAUUUGCGACCAUGACACAAUGAUGGAUGAGGCUGUCGAGCAUUCUCGACAGAUGUACUCCCUACUUGCUUCCCUUCUCCGCGAGAGGCCACAACAACUGCUUCGAUCUGUUCCUGAAGGGAAUGGAUGUGAGACUUGGCGCCUCUUGGUCUCAACCCUUGCACCCUCUUCGAAAUCCCGUUCGCUUGCAUUGUUAGGGGCAAUUUCACAGUUUCCGUCUAUGUCGGUGCAGAAUGUGCAUGAGCAAAUCCUCAAACUUGAAGAGCUUUGCCGGAAGUACGAGCAGUCCUCCCACAAAGAAGUUGAUCCAGAACUCAAGGCAGCAAUCUUGGUGCGAGCUCUUCCGGCUAGCAUCAAAACCCACGUGUCGCUGCAGUGCAAGGAGGAUGCUACGUGUGAGACAAUUCGAGAGACAGUCCUUCGGUAUGAGAGAACAACACAGAAAUGGACGAGCCAGAUUGUGUCGGGCGAAGAUAGUUCAGCUCCCAUGGAAGUGGAUCGGGUGAAAGAUGAUGAGAGUGUUCCGUUGUGCACUGUGUACCAGCUUCAUUGCGAUGGCGAAGAAGAGAGAGAGGAAGAGAGCGAGUGGUGGUGUCGGUGUGUCACGGAGUACUUCGACAUUUCAGACCCCGAAGACGAAAUCCAGGAAACCACGGAUGAUGUGUGGGAAAGCUUUGACAUGACAGUCGAUGAUGCCCUUGAAGGUGAUGAGGUGUGGAUCAAGAACUUCGUUCGCAUGGUUGAUGAUGAUGAAGAGAGCCAAGGCAAAGAGUUAGGAGGCCAGUGUUGGGAGAUUGUCUUGGAUUCGGGCGCGGAUGUCUCGGUGAUGCCUGAGGCAUGGCUGUCGAAGGGUAGUGAACCAGAAGCUUCCCAAAGAAAUGUUCGCAUGUGUGAUGCUCAGGGAAGAUCGAUGCCCAAUUUGGGAAGCCGGUUGGUGACAUUAGACCUUGGUCCCGCGUGCAUCCAGGAGCAGUUCCAUGCAUCUUCGGUAGGUUCCCCACUUCUGAGCCUUGGGCGUCUGUUGAAGAAGGGUUGGUCCUUGGAGAGGAAGAACAAUGUCCUGUGCUUGUGUUGUGAAGAUGUGAGUGUGCCCGUGUCCUUCAAGAGAAAUUCCCUCGUGGUGGAAGCAUCAGUGUUCGCAGUCCGGGAGGCUUCCGAUGUGAGUCCCAGGAACCCAGCCGAAAGAGUCCAACCGCUACAAGAAGGUCGUCGAACUUUCGCCCAGUUGAACUUCGAUCCCGAAGAGUUAGCUGCUUCAGGAGAAGGGCAGGAAGAUGCUGAGGGGCGAAAGUGGACCUUUGUUGCAGGAGGGGAUCCAGUGUGCAUUUCGGUUGGCCUCAAGUUUGUGAAUCCAUCUUCUCUCCUCAACUUGGGUGUUUGGAAGUACCGAACGACUUUGGUGAAAGUGGCUGGUCGGUGGGAACUCUUAGAGCUACAACAGAAUGUGAACAACUUGUCGAGUUGCGAUGAGUACCUUCCCGGCAUUCUGUAUGAAUCGAUGACGGUGACAGUGAUGCAAAGGACCUUGCGAUCGUUGGAAGCCACUGGGAUAAUCUUAGAAGAGACCCUGUCCCCAGCAAAUGCCGAAGCGCCCAAGCCUGAUGAAGGUGAAAAGGCCAUCGAGACCUUGGGCGCCGAGAUCGGAAUGCCUGAUGAUGCCAAUCUGUCGGAUCCCGAGCCGAUGCCGGAGGUUGCGACCCCUGGUAUUCAGUUGGAGAGACCGAUUCCGGACAGCAUUGAGAUAGAGGGUUUGAACUAUGAUGCCAACUCGUCGGCGGCCGAUUUGAAGAAAGCGUGUAAGCAUUUGGGUAUUGGAGCAAGUGGUUCAAAGACCGUGCUCUACAAGAGACUGGUAAGGCAUUUGCACCGUAGACAAGCUGAAGGUGACCUGAGUCUUCAAGAUGCAGCUCGGUUCCCUAUCCGAGAUCCAAGGCCUGAACCUUCAGCACCAAAACUGGCGUGCUUUGGAGAAGCCGUAUACUUCGCAUUGGCGAGUCCUCACGUCAAGAAGGGAAAGCCAAAAUUCGUUAAAGGAUUGUUCUUGGGCAAGACCCUCCAGAACGAUAUGUACAUAUGCGGGACGGCAUUGGGGGUCUAUGUGGCUUCGACAAUCCGACGGUUGCCGCAAGAUCAGGCAUGGGGCAAAGUAGUCCUCAAGGAAUUCCAAGGGAAGCCAUGGAAGUAUGGGUUGGUAUCUGCAGGAACGAAGCUUGUCCCUGGUUUGAAAGAUCGUCUUCCACAAAGUGUGGAGUCUUUGCCUCUACCUCUUCCCACUCCCGUUCCACUACCACAAGAAAGCCCUGGGGAUGAGGCUGCCUCCGAUCCCUCCGAGAGUUCUUCCGAGAGUUCGAAAACAAAGAUGAGCAGUUCAGGAGGGGAUGGGGUGUCGAAGGCAGGUACGAAGCGAGAGCAUGGACAACUUCAAGCUCCCCCGCUGUAUGCAGGAGAGGCUCCAGUGAAGAAGGUGCGAGCUGUCCGGGUAGGCGAAGAAGAGUAUCAUGUCGGGGAUGAAGAUCUUGAUGAUUGGUUUGAGGGGCUUCAGUUUGAUGCGAAAUUCUUGGAUGAAGAUCUUCCAGAUUUCAGUCCUGAAGAAGAAGGUCUUGAAAACUCACGGUCAGAGAAUUCCGAAGCUGAGGGGCCACCAAUCCUCACCGAAGAGCAAUUGGAGAUAGUGGAAGAGGAGUCAAAAGCCACAGAGCUGAAUCGGUUGCUGAGCAUGGGAGUCUUGGUGGAAGUCCAGUACGAGCCCCCGUACGAGUUGCUUCCUCACCUCUUUACUUCCACACCUGGCUGGGAACUUCGAGCCUUUGAUGUUAAAGAUGCCUUGUUGAUGGUACCCCAGAAAGAGACUUUGUACAUCAGAUUGAACGAGAAGACGUACAAGGUUUUGAAGUGCCUCCCGGGGCAACAGAUCGCGCCGGUGUACUGGCACGAGCAACUGAGUGGUGAUCUUCGCGAAGCUGGGAUGGAGAGUAACCUUGCUUGCCCGGUAGUCUUUGGGGGUCCACAGAAAGGAACAACGAUUCAUGUGGAUGAUGGCUUGAUGGGGGGAACCGCAAAGGCACUGGAUGAGGUGACCAAUGUCUUGAAAUCCAAGUAUAAGUUGGAAGUUUCGGACCCUUUGCGCCGCCCAGGUGAUCGACUUCGGUUCUUGAAGAGAACGUUCGAGGUGGUGGAAGAAGGACUGCAAAUCUCUGUGGAUCCUAAGUAUCUCGAGAAGGUCGUAGAGAUCUUGGGGAUCACUCGCCCAAGAAGUCGAAAGGUCCCUUCGACUCAAGAGAUCCGAGCCAGUGAUGAUUCCCCACCAUUGUCCCCGGCAUCCGCGGUUCAGUAUCGAGCAGCUUUAGGGUGUAUCUUGUACAUUGCCCCCGAUCGACCUGAUUGUCAGCACACAGUGAGCAUGCUUGCAAGGGGAAUGUCCAAACCAAGUGAACAUCAAAUGAAAUGCCUGAAGUACUUGGCCGAAUAUUUGUACUCCACCCGGGAUUAUGCCCUCACCUUGAGAUGGUCGUAUCCAGGCCGAACCUUGCUUGAUGAAUCCCCGCGUGAAAGACCUGAUGAAGUGCCGGAGGAAAAUCCAGAACCUCGAGUACGAAUCCUGGAAGCCAUCAGCGACUCAGACUGGGCAGGCAACAAAGACCGGAAAAGCUUGAGUGCUGGAGCAUUGUUUUUGGACGGGAACCUGAUGUUUUCCUACGCCCGAAGACAAGCCUCGAUAAGCUUAUCCUCUUGUGAAAGUGAGCUCAUAGCAUCGUCAAGUGCCAUUGCGGAGGGUCUCUAUCUCCGCAACAUCCUGAAAACCUUGUGCCCUGAUGAAGUGCAGCUGGUGGCGAGGUUGGAUUCAUCUUCCGCCCGGGCCGUGAUGGCCAAGGCGGGGGUCUCUCGACUGAGACACCUGGACGUGAGACUCCUAUGGGUCCAGGGUUUAGUUCAACGACAAGAAGUUCAGCUCAAGCCCAUCAGCACUCCAGACAACCCCACGGACAUCGGUACGAAACCGCUCCAUAGCGAAAGAAUCCGAUAUUUGCUGACCUUGAUGGGUUUUCGAAAUCCGGAUGGUGCUUUAAGUUCCAGUUCUGUAGCCAGGGUACACAGAGUUCGUUCGUCGUCUACUGCGCAACACAGUCAACUUUUGAGACUUUCAGCUUUUCUCCUUGCCAUAGCCUUGAGCCGUGUAGUGAGCCCAAUGGAAGAAUCGUCGGAGUUUGAAGCGAGCGAACUUAUGGAGAAGAUCUUACCAAAUCAUGGAAAGGUUUGUGAUGGUCGGCAAGCUGAUGUUGACCUCUGUUUCGAAAGAAAGCUUGGUGGUUGGAGUGGCAUUGGUCAUGCUGGUGUUGGGCAUCGGCAUUGGAGCGAUAACUGCGUCAACGAGAACUUCGUCUUCACCGAGAGCUACCUCACCGCGAGCUACGUCAACGAGAACUUCGUCUUCACCGAGAGCUACCUCACCGCGAGCUACGUCAACGAGAACUUCGUCUUCACCGAGAGCUACCUCGCCGCGAGCUACUUCAGCGAGAACUUCGUCUUCACCGAGAGCUACCUCACCGCGAGCUACGUCAACGAGAACUUCGUCUUCACCGAGAGCUACCUCACCGCGAGCUACUUCAGCGAGAACUUCGUCUUCACCGAGAGCUACCUCACCGAGAGCUACCUCACCGAGAACUUCGUCUUCAUUGAGAGCUACCUCAGCUACGACAGCGCGAAUGUGCGAGAAGGGAGAGAGACAGCUUUGGAAUCUCUUCGGCAACGUUCAGUGGCAAGGUCAAAGCAAAGGCAAGCUGUGAGAGACCAAAGAAAGCAGUUCGUGCAGUUUGCAGAGAAGUCACUGGCGCUGGAGGGCGAAAGGGACAGAGCUGCAUGGAUCGCUUCUUCAUGGGGGGAGUGUUAUCAUCGUAGCCGACAAUGCGAGGCCUUGUUGAAGGUCAAGCAAACAAGCUUAGUGACUGUGGAGGAAGCCUGGAAUCGAGAGCUUGCGCCAUGCAAGCUGUGUGAGCCAGAGCAUUGGCGAAUCUAUGUGCUGGAGUAG